AGUGCCAAUUACCUCCAGCCGCGUUGACACCGCCCCUUGGCUUUUGGUAUUCAAAUGACACUCAAUAGAAACCAGGUGACGAUCGCUCGUCCAAUCAGUGAAGAUUCAGGUGUCGGAACACAGGACACACCUCUCUACCAAAACAACUCCUUAAAACAGGACAGACUAACAAUCUAGCAGCUUUAAACAACAAAUACAACAGUAACUUUAGCAGAUACAACUAGUUUAAACAAGAUACUUAGCAGGAUCCAAGUAGUCAGUAGUCUCGCCUCACAGGUAGAAAAUGCACACUCUCAUGUCUCUCUCUGUGCCCUGAGAAGGACUGGCGACCUGUCCAAGGUGAACCCGGCCUUCGCCCGAUGUCAACUGGGAUCGGCUCCCGCGCCCCUAAAUAGGAGAAGCAGUUUGGAGGAUGGAAAGGAUUGGAACUAUUUUUCCUUUUUAUGUUUAUGACUUUUUCUUAUUUUUCAGUUGGGCAGAGAGGAAGAGGCAGAGGGAGCGGCCCGGGAAGAGGACGUGGGAUGCUCUACAAGAACAAGAAGCCGAAGGGCAAACCGUGGGGAGGACGUGGACGAGGUCGAGGAGGAGACCAGGGCAUGGAAGACAUGAUGCCAGAAGGAAAGAAUCCCUCUGGAUUUCAGAAGAAACGGCCAAUCAUGAGCAAGGAGUUUAUCAAUCAGCACACAGUUGAACACAACGGUCGAUACAUCUGCAAGUAUUUCCUGGAGGGUAGAUGUAUCAAGGGGGAACAGUGCAAGUUUGAACAUGAGCUCGUCAUACCAGACAAGAAAAAGGAACUUUGCAAGUUUUACCUCCAAGGAUACUGCAGUAAAGGAGAGAAUUGCAUUUAUAUGCACAAUGAAUACCCGUGCAAGUUCUUUCAUACUGGAGCCAAAUGUUAUCAAGGGGACAACUGCAAAUUCUCCCACGAGGCUUUGAACGAUGUGACCAAGGAGUUACUUGAUAAGAUAAUUAACACUGAGGAGGAGAACGCCCGUGAGGACGAGUUGGAACUGGAGGAUCUGAGAAAGCAGGGUAUCUCCCCACUUCCGAAGCCUCCACCCGGGGUGGGGUUGCUGCCCACUCCCGGUCAGAGCAGUCCUACAGACAGCCAAGCGGGGAAGAAGAUCCCCUCCCUGUUUGAAAUCACAGUUCAACCAACUGUGGACUUGGCACAAAAAAUUGGUCUGGGGUAACUGACACCAUCUGUAAUCAAACUGGAAUCAAUCAAACUCUGCUUCUACUCAACCUAAUUGUGCACCUUAUUUUUCAGUGGAAACAACUUCUCCCAGAAUCCGGGUGAAGGCACCGAUCAGUUUAGCGGAGGCUCAGAAGAAACGCAGAGUGGAAGUACAGCGCCUUCAGG